ACGCAGCACCACAGCGCACGGAUACUCUGCUGUGGGCGGAGUAUCCGUCACCGGUUGACCUACCAAACUCAGCUGUCAGCAGUGUGUCUGCAUUGUAAAGAUGUCAGGAAACAACUCUUACACUAUAGUAGAAUAUUUUGGAGGGGAUGAUGGCUACCGCUGCGGUUACUGCAAAAAUGAUAAGGGAAACUUCUCUCACGGAAUGUGGUCGCAUUCUAUGACCGUACAAGACUACCAAGAUUUAAUCGAUCGGGGAUGGAGAAGAAGUGGAAAAUAUGUUUACAAGCCCAUAAUGAAGAAGACAUGCUGUCCUCAGUACACCAUCAGGUGUCAUGCACUGAAUUUCCAGCCUUCCAAAUCUCAUAAGAAAAUCUUGAAGAAAAUGAGCAAAUAUAUUUCUAAAGGAGAACUGCCAACAGCACAGGAGGACGGGGAGCCAAUGGAUUCUGUCUGCGAAGAAGCUGGUCCACAGGAACCUACUAAAGUCUGUCAGUCAGAUUUAAAUGUUGCUACUGACUCAGAUAUUAAAGAUGAAGUACCAAACUGUUCCACUGCUGCAGAAGUUCAGAAAAACUCAGUGGAUUCUACAGUUGAAAGUUCAGAAAAUUCCCAGAAUGAUUCUGCUUCAGUCUUAGAAGAGGGAACAGAUACCAAAGCUCCUAAGCCAGGGUUGGGAGCAGAUCCUAGCCGUCCGCCUUGCAAAAAGGCCAAAGAUUUAAGAAAGCAGCGUCGUCUUCAGAAAGACCAGAAAAGACAACAUGGUGCUGGAGUCUCGCCAGAAAAGCCUGCCAAUACUAACCAACCCAAAACACUGGAGGAGUUAAUCAGCGAGUCUUUAGAGGACAGCUCCUCUGAUCGCCUUGAGGUGAGGCUAGUGCGCUCCAAUCCCCCUAGCCCGCAGUUCAAAGCCUCUCUCGACGCCUCCUACCAGGUGUACAAACUCUACCAGAUGGCCAUUCACAAGGAUCCUCCUGACAAACCCUCCGAGAGCCAGGUGAGGCUAGUGCCGGUGAACUUUGAGGACUCCCAGUUCUCUGCGUCCUAUCAACAAUCGGCGGCGCUGUACGCCCGCUACCAGAUGGCCAUUCAUGGUGAUGACCCAAGUGAAUGUAGAGAGAGUGAGUUCCGGAGAUUUCUUUGCGAUUCACCACUAGAGGCAGAACAUUCUCCAGAUGGACCGGAGAUGGGAUACGGCUCCUUCCACCAACAGUACUGGCUGGAUGGACGCAUCGUAGCUGUGGGAGUGAUUGACAUCUUGCCUACAUGUGUGUCUUCUGUCUACCUCUACUACCACCCAGACUUUACAUCUCUGUCUUUAGGGUCCUACUCGGCUCUCAGGGAGAUUGCUUUCACAAGAAAACUGCAGGAACAGUCCACCAAGUUGUGCUACUACUACCUGGGCUUCUACGUCCACUCCUGCCCCAAGAUGCGCUACAAGGGACAGUACCGGCCCGCUGACCUCCUUUGCCCAGAAUCUUACACUUGGGUUUCUGUGGAGCAAUGCAUACCGCUGCUCAACAACUCCCGCUAUGCUCGUUUAAAUCAGGACCCUGAUGCAGGAGACUCUCAGGCGGUGAAGGAUGUGGGCAGAGUGCUGGUGCUGCACAAGCGGACCGUCAUGCCCUACAUAGUGUACAGCCGCAAAUUUAAGGGCCGCAGCGACACGGCCGAGGUGCAGGAGUACGCCAGCUUGGUCGGUCAGGACUGCGCGGAAAGGAUCUUACUCUACCGCUCCUGAGCAGGGAGCAUCGUCCCACUGCCACCUCGCCCUGAAGAAUCAUCUGUUUUUGUCUCUUAAAGAACUCCCUGCUGCAGCCUCACUAUGCUUGCUUCAACACAAUCGACUGUGAGCAGGUACCGAAUCAUACAUACAGCCCAAUCAAUACGAAUAUCAAUGAAAAGCUCAUUUAAAUCAGAAAGUAGUAUUUUGCUAACAGUGACAUUUUGAUGAUUAUGGCUUACAGCUAAAAAGGCAUUUUUAGGACCAUUAAUUAUACAUGAGUCAAAAAAAAUAUCAGUACAUAGGAUUCCUAUUUCCAUAUUCCUUUUUUGUUAUUUAUAUGUACAUAUACAUAACUUUAUCUUGACAGAAAAAUUUCACCCAGCAAUAUUAAAAACUCAAAGAUGGAUUAAUGCAUUGUUAAGGAAACCUAAAGGGUCAUUUUGUUUGUCUUUUUUGGUUUCUAGCCCAGUUUAAUAUCAGUGUUUUAACCUGCACCUUUGGUGUUUCAACUGAGCAUGAAUUAAGGAGGUAAGACAGGAAACCAAGCCACUGAAACAAUCAUUUUUCAGUGAUUGUUUCAGUGUUUCAGAUUGUUUUUGACCUACUUAAAGUUAUAUCUAUGUAUUUUACAAGAAAUCAAGCCACUGAAACAAUCACUUUUAAACAGAACAAAGGUAUAAAAGUUUUCAAAUUGUAUCAAAGCAUUGUAGAUUUUGAAACAGAGCUGAUCUGCGCUAAUCCAGAUGGCAUCAAAAGCAGGGAAUAGCUCUUUAUCAACUGUGUUAUUUCAGAAUUUGUAAAAUAUACAAAUAAUUAGCCCAGACUAAUAAAAAUUCUUGAAAAUUUUCAAUUUUGUAUUCUUUUUGUGCUUAAAUUUUCAGAAUACAAAAGCAUGAAAAUUUCAGGCUAGAAAAGUGGUUCAGUAAAAAAAUAAAAAAAAAUAGGGAAUACUAAAUCCAAAAAUGUUGACCUGCUUAAAGUUAUAUCUAUGUAUUUUACAAUAUACAAACUUGUUAGUUGAUCAAAGUUCCUUUUUCAUCAACUGCAUCAAUACAACGUUGCGUGAAGAUACAGGUUGCUUUUUUUCAUCUCACUUUAUCCUUCCACUGAACUUUCCAUCAUCAUUAUGCCGGGUAACAGGACUCCGAACAUCCAGCUUCUGUCACAAUGACCUUUCGUCCUAUAAAGGGUGUCUUUGACUGCUGGUUUUUAUGCUGUUGUACUCAAGUGAGGGUGUUACUUUUCUGGGAAACUGGUGGUUUUUAUUAGCUGUAGGCCAUAAUCAUCCAAAUGAAUAAAAUUACUGAAUUAAACGACCUUUUCAAUUAUGAUGUAAUUUAUUGAGAUGUUUUUCUGACUUCCUUCAAGACCGGUCAACUGAAUAUUAAUUUUUUUUUUUUUGAGACGAUAAGCAGUUUGAAUUCUUCUCUUUCAAACCAUGCUUAAAUUUUAUGUUGAUGUUUUUAUGUUGGAAACCGGCAUCGGUUUAGAAACCUGACUCCAGUUUGACUUCACUGCUUCCUUAACGACAUGUUUUGUUUUGAAAGUCAACUAUUUGUCUUCUUUGUUUUACUUUUAUUCAAUAAGAAACACAUUUAUUGUCUCUUAUUAAACUACGGUAAUUUAAUAACUUUCAUGUGCAAGGUUGCUUUAAACCAUGUUUCUGUUUUAAGUGUAACUUUCUUUAUAUAGUCUCUCUGUUCUUUUGUUUGUUUAAACCAAAUAAACAGUUUGCAUAUUCAA